GCCGAUCAGCUGACAGUCAGUCACGUGGUGAAAUGAGCUGCGUUCAAAAUACCUGGGAAAAAUGCACUUCUGCGUCUCCGGCGGCUUCUUCGACCGCGCAUAGAACGUCAGUAGAUGGAAUACUGUGCUGUGCAUAACAGUCGGUAUAUGUAUACGUAUGUGUGUAUCUGUCGCUGAGGUUCUUCUAGAGGACGUUGUUGAUGAGUGUUGCUAGUAUUACCCGUGGUGCUUUGUGCCGCAGGCUGCCUCUCGGUGUAAAAAUAGGGAUGUGACCGAGGACAUACGGUUGAAGGUCCACUUGAAGACGGGAACUAACAGCGGGGGAUGAGGACAUUGUGAAAGUCCAGUGUGGAGCACAGAGGAGGGGGCCCAUCCACUCUCACAGCUCAGCUAGAGUCUCUGCAGAUGGAGCGGCUCCACUGGGUGCGACAUCGCUGUCGGCGGCUGCUGGCAGGAGGCUCUGGGAGAGGCUGGUACUCUGCCCCUGAUGGCCUGCCCGGCAAAACCUCCCUGGACACCCACAGCUCUCCACGGAGGGCGAGUGGGAAGCAGAGAACUGUGUUCGCUCGCCAUGGCCCACCCCAACAGGGGUUCGAAGCGGUGUCCACAAGCUAUGAGGGCAAUGCCAUCUGCACUACCAAGUACAGCUUGUUGACUUUCAUCCCAAUGAACCUGUUCCAGCAGUUCCACAGGGCUGCCAACCUCUACUUCCUGUUCCUGGUGCUACUGAACUGGGUCCCGGUUGUUGAAGCCUUUCAGAAAGAAAUUACCAUGAUUCCUCUGGUGGUGGUCCUCACUGUUAUUGCCAUCAAAGAUGCCAUGGAAGACUACAGGCGCUACUUGUUCGACAGGAAGAUCAACAACAACGUGGUGCAAGUGUUCUGUGGCGAGCAGAAAGCCUACGUUGACCAGUGCUGGAAGGAUGUGCGAGUCGGAGACUUUGUCCGUCUGUCCUGUAAUGACAUCAUCCCAGCUGACAUGCUGCUGCUGUACUCCUCUGACCCACGGGGGGUUUGUUACAUUGACACCGCCAACCUGGAUGGAGAAACCAACCUGAAACAGAGGCAGGUGGUGUCAGACCUCCCAUUGCAGGGAGAGGAGUUCACCGCUGAGAGCUUCCACUGUCGUGUCGAGUGUGAGAAGCCCAACAACGACCUCGGCAGGUUUAGAGGUUACAUGGAGCACCCCGGUGGGGUUCGAGUCGGCCUCCAUAACGGCAACCUCCUGUUGAGGAGCUGCACCAUCCGCAACACUGAGACUGUGGUGGGCAUGGUGGUCUACGCCGGUCAUGAGACUAAAGCCAUGAUGAACAACAGUGGGCCGAGGUAUAAGCGCAGCCAGCUGGAGAAGCGUCUGAACACAGACGUCCUGUGGUGUGUGCUCCUGCUCAUCAUCAUGUGUCUGACUGCUGCCAUAGGUCACGGCCUCUGGCUGAAGAACCUCAAAGACCCGGUCUUUCAGGUUGAUACGGACACGUCUCCUGCCCUGGCUGGAUUCUAUGUCUUCUGGACCAUGAUCAUUGUGCUGCAGGUACACGAUUAUUGGCCCUGUGAUGUAAAUGGUCUCUGUUUGUGUUGCUGUGUGUCAGCUCGGAGGCUGGAGGUGUACGAGGUGGAGAAGAUGGAGGCAGCCGGUCGCUCUGUGACUCUGAAGUCGGGCUGCAGUGGUAGAUCUCUGAGCCAUCGCUCUCUCAGCUGCAAACACAGCUCUGUGUCUCUGCACACACUCACUGGUGAGGAGGAGGAGGAGGACCAACCGUCCAAUCACAUCCAGCACAGGACCAGCGCCUUCUGCAGUCGCGUGACCAAGGAGGUGGUACCAGACCCCGAGCUGGUGAGGAAGUUGAACUGGUUCUGCUCUCCCAUGCUGGCUCUGAGUGACGGCUCCUCUGGGACUCCGUCCAGCCUGGAGCUCACCUACAUCACGGACUUCUUCCUCGCUCUGGCCAUCUGUAACAGCGUGGUGGUGUCCUCGCCCAGCCAGCCUCGACACGUGGUGCCUGAGACACAAACGCCUCUCAAGUCCCUGGAGGAAACCAAGCUGAUGUUCCAGCGCCUCAGCUUCUCUCCUCUCUCAGCGCUCUCCAGCCUGUCCCCUCCCCAGGUCAAAGGAAGCCCCCGCAGCUUCACCAGCAGGCUGUUUACCCGGGGUAAGACUGACUCCUUCACCUUCUCCACACCCACUAACAGCACCACAGACUGGUCAGAACCAGGCCAAGAAAGCAACCAAGAAACCUCCAACCUGAGGCGUGAAGUCCACUCAUCCUCCAGAGUGGAGAGUGGAGGGGAUGCUGAACAGAUGGAGGACAGAGAGACAGACGAUAAUAUGGAGGGUGCAAGGACAAACCCUGAGGGGGCCAGGCAGGAAGUCGAGGACCUGACCAGAGACGUGGAUUGUGAGAGAGCCACUGAUGAUGAACUGCUGUAUGAGGCGGAGAGUCCAGACGAGGCGGCUCUGGUCCAUGCAGCCCAUGCGUACCGCUGCACCCUGAGGGGACGUUCUGCAGAGAGCCUGCUGGUGGAUCUUCCAGGAAUCGGAUCAUUGGCUGUCCAGCUACUCCACAUCCUUCCCUUUGACUCCAACAGGAAGAAGAUGUCGGUGGUGGUCCGCCACCCGCUCACAGGACAGGUGGUGGUUUAUACCAAGGGAGCCGACUCUGUCAUCAUGGACCUGCUUGAGACGGCGAAAGGUUCAGAGCAGGCUCAGGAGAUCUACAGUCGCAUCAGAGAACAAACCCAAAAUCAUUUAGACGGCUAUGCCAGAGAAGGCCUCCGCACGCUCUGCAUCGCUAAAAAGGUCCUGGAAGAGGAGGAGUAUGAGGUGUGGUUGAAGGGACAGCUGCUGGCAGAGAGCAGCAUUGAGCACAGAGAGGAGCUGCUGCUGGAGGCGGCUCAGAGACUGGAGACCAACCUCACCCUGCUGGGCACCACGGGGAUCGUGGACAGACUGCAGGAGGAGGUCCCAGACACCAUCGAAGCUCUGCAGAGGGCUGGGAUCAAAGUGUGGAUCCUCACUGGAGACAAGAAAGAGACGGCCAUCAACAUCGCCUACGCCUGCAAGCUCCUUUGUCCCAACGACCAACUGCUGACAGCCAGCUGUGGAAGCAAGGAUGCAUGUGCGGCUUUACUCGAGGAGCUCAAACUGGAAGUGCAGCGUGGUGUAGACGGUUUGACGGAAGUGACUGCAGCGGGGGGUUCUGGAGAGUGCUCCUCAGGCGGUGUGGGAGACUUUGUCCUGGUUCUGGACGGACGGACCCUGGACUGGGCACUGCAGGAGGAGCCGAGGAGCGACUUCCUGGAGCUGAGCCGGAGAUGCAAGGCAGUCAUCUGCUGCAGGUCCACUCCGCUGCAGAAGAGCAAGGUGGUCCGGCUGAUCCGGGACCAGCUUGGUGUUAUGACCCUGGCUGUGGGUGAUGGGGCCAACGAUGUGAGCAUGAUUCAGGUGGCUGAUGUGGGCGUGGGGAUAUGUGGUCAGGAGGGCAUGCAGGCUGUGAUGUCCAGUGACUUUGCCGUCUCCAGGUUUAAACACCUCAGGAAGCUGCUGCUUGUCCACGGCCACUGGUGCUACUCUCGUCUGGCAAACAUGAUCCUCUAUUUCAUCUACAAGAAUGUGAUGUAUGUGAAUCUGCUGUUCUGGUAUCAGUUCUUCUGUGGCUUCUCUGGGAGCGUCAUGACCAAUGCCUGGGUGCUCAUCCUCUUCAACCUGAUCUUCACCUCCGUUCCUCCGCUCAUCUACGGCGUCCUGGACCGGGACACGCCUGCACACACUCUGAUGGAGCUGCCCGAGCUCUACCCGGAGGUGCAGACCUCUGAGGUCUAUGCUCCCUACAUGUUCUGGAUCACAGUCCUGGAUGCGUUUUACCAAAGCCUCAUCUGCUUCUUUGUGCCUUACUUUGCUUUCAGGGGAUCCAGCGUUAGUGAGCUGUCCUUAGGCUCUCCCAUCAACGCCUCGGCCCUCCUCAUCGUCCUGCUGCACCAAGUCAUCGAGAGUCACACUCUGACGUGGAUUCAUGUGCUGGUGUUGGUGCUCAGUGGUGGGUCCUACUUCGGCUUCGUGCUGCUCUUCAGUUUGUUCUGUGUGACCUGCAGCCCCCCCACCAACCCUGUGGGGGUGGAAACCCUCGAGAUGUCCCAGCCUCUUUUCUACAUCGUAUGUGCUCUCACUACUGUGACGGCUCUGUUACCCAGGCUGUUGUUUCGAGCUCUGUACAACACCUUGCACCCGUCUGCUGUUCUGGAACCAGCUCAGAUGGACAAAGUGAAUUCGGAGAAGUACCGCAGGAGAAUGCAGCGCUGGAACCUGAGCCGGUCCAGAGACAACAGGCUGCGACUGUGUGCCGACAACCCGGGCCUGGAGCCCAGCACAGCCUCAGUGGUGUCCUGACAUCCCUUUAUACACACACAUACACACACUCACACAUACACAUACUCACUCACUCACUCACUCACUCACUCACUCACUCACAC